GUGAUCACAACUUACGACCGCGCCUCCAAGCCUGGUGGAGUCGCACUGGCUUUCGAAGCCGUGGAGCUCUUGCUGUCUGUGGUAUCCGCAGCGGCGUACCUGGCGCCCUCUGGACGCCGUGGCUCCACCCGAGAGCCGCCGCUUCUCAGCGAGGAGGAUGGGAUUUCAAUGGUCGGUGAUGGGGGACGAUUUGCACGAAGCCUGAGCACCCGCGAACCUUCUCCUGAGGACCAAGUGGGCAUCAUGGGCUGGCUGGCCUUCAGCUGGUUCACGCCCAUUGUCGAUUUGGCUUUCCAGCGCGACAAGGAGAGUGGGAAGCUUGAGCCCACCGAUGUGUACCCGCUUACGAACAGGAACGUGGCAAACAAGCAGCUGGAACGUUUGGACCAACAGUGGCAGGUGGAGCUCCGGAAAGAGAAGCCUGCGCUCCUGUCUGCGAUGACGAGAGCAUUCUUCGCCGAGGUGUUCAGCACGGCUUGGGUCAAGCUCCUCAACGAUUGUCUGCAUUUUGUUGGGCCGUUCCUGCUCAACAGGAUCAUCAACUUCGUCAAGGGCACGGGCGAAGAAGCCGGAGAAGAACAGUGGGUUGGGUAUGCUUAUGCCAUUGGAAUGGUGCUGUCGUCAGCUUGCCAGGCUUUUCUUAUGGCCCACUACUUCCAGGGUGGCUAUCAGACGGGAAUGCGCUUGCGCACGGCGCUGAUCCUGAUGUCUUACAGCAAGGCGCUGCGAGUCCUGCCCUGGCCCAGUCCGCCGCCCCCGGAGGAAGCACCGGUGGAGCAGGAAGAGACCCGGCGAUGCUGCAAGAAGAAGCCAAAGAAGAAGCCCAGCCUUCCAACCGGCGGCAUGGGGCAGAUGACAAACAUCAUCUCCGCUGACACGGACAAGUUCACUUUUCUCAUGCCGUACUUCAACCUUAUCUGGUCUUGCCCCUUACAGAUCAUCAUUUGUUUCGUCAUGCUCUUCAACUACGUGAGUUGGUCACUCUUCGCCGGUGUGGUGGUGAUGAUCGGAUUCACCAUCGUCUCGAGCACCGUCGCCGGGAAGGCCAGGAAGAUCCAGCAGGAGGCCAUGAAAGCCAAGGACGAACGGCUGAAGAUGGAAGUGGAGCUCCUGAAGAUCGUGAAGAUCAUCAAGUUCUACGCGUGGGAGCUGGCCAUCGAAGACAAGGUGAAGCAGCUCCGGAACCAGGAGCUGGCACUGCAGCUGCGCUACAAGCUUUGGAACGUGGCUCUCUUUCUCUCCUUCUCCCUGAGCCCGGUGCUCGUGGCGCUGGGUACCUUCUCCUGCUAUACGCUCGCUGAAGGGAAGAACUUGGAUGCGGCCACCGCCUUCACCUCUCUGAGCCUCUUCAACAUCCUCUCGUUCCCACUAGGUGCAAUGCCCAUGAUGGCGCGCUUCUUCAUGGAGGCGGCCGUGGCCAAGGACCGUAUCGAGGCCUUCCUGCUGAGCCCAGAGGUUUCGGCGCGUCCCACACCUGCCAUCACGGCGGGCCAAGCUGUGGAGAUCAAGGCAUCCAAGCUCCAGUGGCCAGACAAGACCCUCCUCUUGAACGAGGUGGAUAUCUCCGUGGCCAAGGGCGACAUGCUGGUUAUCGUCGGAAAGACAGGUGUUGGCAAGUCUGGGCUGCUGUAUGCUCUGCUGGGCGAGCUGCCCAUUCCAGCCGAGGAUGGCAAGACGUACCUGACCGGUAGCAUCGGCUACUGCGCUCAGAGCGCCUGGAUCCGCAACGCUACGCUGCGUGACAACAUCACCAACAGCCCCUCGCUUGAAGCCGACGAGCGCUACGAGGCCGUCCUGGACGCUUGUGCCAUGCGUGCCGAUCUGGAGGUCCUGCCGCAAGGAGACCAAACACUGAUCGGAGAUCGUGGCAUAAACCUUUCAGGUGGGCAAAAGCAGCGGGUGGCCUUGGCUCGUGCCGUUUACGCGAACCCGGACAUCUACAUUUUGGAUGAUGUGCUCUCUGCUUUGGACUCUCACGUGGCCAGCCACAUUUGCAGCAAACUGUUGCGGGGGCCGCUCUUAGCCGGCAAGACAGUGAUACUCGUUACGCACUCUCCGAAGGCUGUUCCUCUUGCAAACCAGGUAGUUUGCUUGGAGGGCAAGAAGGUGGCCUUCAAUGGAAGCUAUGAGGCCUUCAAAGGCUCCAGUGCCAUGAACGAGGAGGUGAUCCACGAGGACGAGCCGGAGCCGGUGGCCAAACCGGAGGUCGACGACAAGAAGGAAAAGACGGCGGAGAAGAGCAAUGGCAGCAAUGGUGAGGUAAAAAAGGCAGAGACCAGCCCUAAGAAGGCUGCUGCACCGGCACACGAGGAGAGGCGCAGCGGGGCGGUCGCCUGGCAGGUCUAUGGAGCGUAUGCAAAGGCUUGCGGUGGCGUCCCAGCCGUGGGUGUCUUCCUCCUUACUGUCGCCAUUUCCGAGGGUUCUCGGAACUUCUCGGACGCGUGGUUGGCACACUGGAGCGGGACCGGUGGCAGCGCCAGCGGUUUGGGGAUGUACGCUCUCGCCGCGGCCAUUUGCUUUGUUGCAGGCAUUACCUACUCCACAUGUCGCGUCUUCGUCGGCCAGCGUGGGUCGCGGGUGUUGCAUGAGCGGUGCUUGCAUGCGCUGCUCAGAGCUCACAUGUCCUUCUUCGACCUGACGCCAAAUGGCCAGAUUCUGAACCGCUUGGCCGAGGACACCAACAUCUUGGAUUACAAUCUGCCGCAGACGAUGUCGGCGAAUAUCAUCUGGUUCUGGCGGGCAGCUUCAAUCGUGGUGGUCUGCAUGCUCGUGGGAUGGUACUUGCUCUUCUUGAUGGUGCCCAUGUUUGUGCUUUAUGCGCGUCUUGCGAAGAGGUAUCUGCCAGCCACGCGUGACCUGCGUCGACUGGAUGCGGCAGCCAGGAGCCCUAUCUUCAGCCACUUCUCUGAGUCCAUGCAGGGCGUGUCCACCAUCCGUGCCAUGCAGCAGCAGGAAAGGGCUUUGCACACGAACAUGACCAGGCUGGAAAGCCAGAUGGAAGCUUACUACCUCAGCAACACAGCAGCUCGAUGGCUGAGCCUGCGGCUCCAAUUCAAUGGCACCAUCCUGGUGGGAGCUGUGAGCAUCCUGGGCAUCUUCCUUUCGACGAACAAGCAGGUGUCUGCAGGUCUCGUGGGAUUGGCCAUCACCUAUGCGCUUCGCCUCACGGACACCUUGAACCAGGUGAACCGUGAAUCCGCAGACAGGGAGACGCAGAUGGUCUCGGUGGAGCGCGUGCAAAAUUAUGUGACCAACGUGAAACAGGAGGCGCCGCUGAGGAUCUCGCAUCCAAGCAUGGGCACAAACUGGCCGAGUCGUGGCAACAUUCAGGUGGACAAGGUUGUGAUGCGAUACCGUGAGGGUUUGCCGGUCGUCCUGAACGGAAUUUGCCUCGAGAUCAAGGCUGGAGAAAGAGUUGGAAUCGUGGGACGUACAGGAUGCGGCAAGUCCUCCUUCCUGUCGACGCUGCUUCGACUCGUCGAGCUCGAGUCUGGCUCCAUCACGGUGGAUGAUGUUGACAUCAGCCAAAUCGGUCUUCACGACCUCCGAAGCAAGGUUGCCAUGAUACCUCAG